ACACACAUACACCAUCAAUGCACUGCACCGUACACCCAUACACACAUACAUCAGUCGACACCUUUGCCCUUAGGCCCUUUGUCCGUCUUGUCCGCCCCAAUGUUUCCGUUAAGCGCCGCCACAACAAUAGGCGGGGAACCCGCUUUUGCCUGCAACUCUCUUCUAACCCUCAUUCUGCCAUCAAAUCCCCCCAAGAAUGCACCCUGCUGAAACCCUUUUCUCUUCAUUGGAGGUGUGGCCUCUCGUGCAGGAUGGUAUGCAGCUCCAUCUUGCACGGGAGGCAGGCGGCCGUCUCGCUUCUGCUGCGUCGACGGAGCACUUUUAGGCGGCUGUCCGGUGGCAGAUACCAACAGUGGAUGGCUGGGGGACGGUGCCGUGGCGGCCGUCUGCGGCGGCGAGGUCCACCCUCCGCCUCUUGGCUGAGUCCCGCCCGGUCGCGUGAAUGGGCGAGGGGGAGACGGGGGUGUCGACGGGGGAGGCGUGAUGUGUUUCCUGCAAUCCUCGCUGUCGGGCCUCUUGUUUGGCUCUUCAUCCGAUGCCACAGCACGAUCCUCAGCCUUGACUGUCGGCUUCUCCUGCACACUCUUCCACACGAGUUUCGAGCGGCUGGGAAGCCUGCUCUCGUCGUCUACUGGAAUGCCGAAGUUGCGCAAAGACUCACGAAGCUGCUCUCCCACGUGUGCCUUUCCUCCAGCUGUCGCCUCGUACUUGUCGCCUGGGACGGGCCAGGAGGGAGGGGGGUAGGUGGGCCUGUCGGCAGUCGGCUGAUGAGACAGUACUUUGGUGAGGUAUAGCCACGGGUCGACGCCGCCCGUGUUGUCGAUACCCCCGCCGAUAUGCGGCAGUGGAUACACAGCCUCAAUGUCGCGGAAGUCUCGGACAUUCCUUGGUGGCCUCUUGUCCGUCUUGUCUGCUUUUGGCUCCUCUGCAGUUGAUGCCCCCUGCCCCCUUCUUCUGCUCGGCCGGGGUAUUUGGUUGAAGGAAGAGGUCAGCGGCCGCGCAGGGAAGGGAGGUAUAGUCUCCUCCCUCGUUCCUGCUUUGGUCAUCGCUGCUUGCAUGUCAUCGACGGUGGACCGGUCGAACUUCGCUUGCUCCUCUGCCAACCUCAUGAAGCGCCCUAGGUGUUCGAUCGCCGCUGUGCCCCACCAGUGCGGAUGCAGGAAGGACAGGGCUCGCUCGAUGGGCUCCUCUGUCGGGCGAGCGGGACGGGGAGGCGAUUCUUCCACGAUCGAGCUGGAUGAAGAGCGAGCUUGUUCCGUCUCCGACCCCUUUGUCAUCCGGUGGGAGACAUUUAUCACCAUUUCAGGCAGUAUCUCUGUGCGCUCUUCUGCUGAUUUCUCCUCCUGCUGAGGCGGUGCAGCGGCAGGAAUGUCUGUGAGUGACGAUGAAGACUUCAGCAGAGCUUGACCCGCAAUGGGCAGGAUAGGGGAGGACGGCGCCGGCGAAGCCGUUUUUGGCGAGGGGACCACGAUGCGAUGGAAAGGCACGGGCAUAGAAGGAGUCGAUGGUGACACAGGAGCCUGCAUACAAAUGAAGAAGAGUGGAAAAAGUCUUCCCAGGUCAUGUCUCUGCCUGCUGGAGACCGUACCUCUGUGCCGCUCUUCAUGCCCUGUUCUUUCAUUUCCCUUGCUCUUUCUCUCCGCCUUUUCUGCUCCUCGACUUUUCGUUCGCCGCCCAGGGCAGGAGCGGACACGGCGCCGACGAAGGGAGCCGUCGCUCCAUCCCUCCACUGGUAUCGCUGCAGCAGGAUGGCCAUCUGCAUGAUCAGGUCGUACGGGAGCCCUGCUGGCAGCGACACGCCACCCAGGCCGCCCAUAACAUGCAGGGGCGACAGCCAUCCAUGGCCAGCCUGGACGCCACGGGAUCGCCUCUCCCUGUCCCAUUUCUCCAUCUCCCUCUUCGCGUCGACCAGUGGUGUGAGUCUGGCAUACAUGUCUCGCCCUCCAAUGUACUCCGUCUCGCGAGCAAUGCGAUGUUCCCGAUCUGGCGUAGGGCGCCCUGGUGGAGGUGUGGGCUGUGUCGUAUCGAAUGGCUGAUACGCGAUGGGUGGGUGAUAUCUGUCUCCGUCUUCAUAGUAUUCCCGCUCGCGAUCGGUGCGAUAUGCCCGGUCUGGCGUGCGUCGGCCUGGCGGAGGUGCGGGCUGAAUUGGCUGCGUUCUAUCGCGUGGCUGCAUCUGGUCGGAAGGAUGAUAUGCGGGCAGCCACCUUUCUGUCUCGGAGGGCCCGUAAGUCGUAGGUCUGGCCAUUGGUGGUCCUCCUGGCUCCUCGUAGAGUGUGGCCAUUGUUCCAUAAGAAGCCCCGAGUUUCGAUUCGGUCAGCAUCGGCGAGGGCUGGAAGCCGGAGCUCUUGGAGGGCUCACUACCCGUCUCUGGCCGGAACAUUGAUGCUGAUUGCUCUAGCGACGGGGAGGGGACAGCAGAGGGGGUGGAAGGUUGGGGGAAGAAGCCCGCACCCGUGGCGCCUGGCUGUGUCGAUGGUGUGACGGGUGCGGGGGACAAAGCGGAUGAUCCAGGCACAGGGCGAGCACCGCUGGGUGUUGGCCGACCACUGCUGGGUGUGGGGAGCGGCCGACCAGUGACUGGCGAUCCUGCCCGUGGCUCGACUUUCCAUUCGGCAAGAGCUUGCUUGACGUCCGGCCUCCAGAUCUUGCUGGGCGACACGGGACUGGCUCUGUCAGCAAGGCGCAUGACCUCGCUGGCCCCCGAAGUCUCCAUUUCUUCCAGGUCGAGCUGCAGCCAGCCCCUCUCCUCCAGGAACUGCUUUGUCUGCGCUCUUCUAAAUCCCACGCUGGGCCUCUGCUGGAAGGCAGCCGACGACGAGCGCCGAAGGCUGGGUCGAUGGGCGGCAAUGUCGAAGCCAACCUGCUUCUCUGCUCAAACACAGGUCCGAGAUACAGUGAUUCAGAUAAUAUGUGCUUUGUAUUCUACACGUGCCUGAAGACAGACCUGAGGCGCCAGAGGAAGAUCCAGCUGACGAUCCCGAUUCCCUUGUCUCCGAGUCUCGCGGCUUCCUUCGCUUCCGCUCGCCUGACGUCGGGCUGAUUUGCCUCACCGACGGUGACGACCCCGGGGAGGUGUCAAGCUGGAAGGUCUGGGUCUUCAUAGGGAUCGUGGGACGCUCGCCAGCGUCGCUGGAGGCACUCUCCUCUCUCCUCAGUGGUCUGACAUAGAGUUGGAUCUGCUUCUUGCCCUCCCGCAGGAGCUCCGUGAUCACUGUGUCCAGCUGCUCAAGCCACUGGUGAAGCAGGCCAUCAAGCUGCAUCCAUGAAACAAUAGAAUCAAUCCACAUUCUGCACAGUCAGUCGAAUGAAUGACUGUUUCGUGUGUCACCUUUUCGUCUGGGAUCUCUUGAACUGUCUCUUUCCUGAGCGACGACGAGGCUAGUAUGGGUCUUGUUGAGGGUCGCGCUUUGACGAAUGAUGACGCAUGGAGGAGUCCUAAAGCGUCGGUCAGCUGCGUCAUCUCACGGCGACAGAUCCCCGUGAAGAGCUUUCGAAUCUCCCCCAGCCGCUCUAGACUGACAUGCGGAGCAGACGUGGGAAAAGAAUGAAGAGACACGUGUAUCCAUACUUGAUUACCGUUUGAUGCCGGUUUGUAGGAAGCGAUGAAAUGCGCGAGGCUCCGUCGUGCCAUCGCCUUUGCCUGUGCAUUGCAGACGCGUUCACCCUGCUCUGCUUUGAGUGCAGUGAAUCACAGUGAAUCACUCACUGUGAUGCCAAUUACCGAGAGGCGGCAUGCGGGCAGCCAGAAGGUCCGUGAGUGCUGCAGCCUGCGAUGCGUCGGUACUUCGGUUGAAGUCGCCCAGCUCCUGCAGCACCGCACCAGCCAAGCCUGAGAGAGGCACACAGGUUUGUCACAGUCAAGACAGGUGUCGUGCUUGAUCCUCUGUACCAGCGGUAGGCGGCUCUUCUGCGAAGAAGACGGGUCCAUGCAGGGCACUCACCCACGACUGUGUUCCGAAUGACCGCACUUCUCUGUUGCCCACCCUGCUCUCCUCCGCCCGCCCCACGUCAAGGAAGUCGAUCGCUUCCUGCACCUCAGCCUCCUUCUUGGCCUCCUCAGCUCCGCGUCUCUUCUUUCGAUCAGCAACGUCAGCUGGCGGCGCCCCCUUGUCUCUUGCGCCCUCUGCGCCCCAUCCUCUUGGAGUGCUGGAUGACGAGUGGUCGAUGGGUGUCGGGUGGGCAGGCGGCUUCUCCAGUGAACCGCUGCGGGAGGCCGACCGCAACAGGGCCUGCGGUGUUGGGGGAGGCAGAGGCGUCGUAGGCAGGGAAGAGGCCCAGUCUCCUGUGGCAGGCACUUCUUUCAGGAUGGUUUCGAUCCACUCCUGCAGUUCGCGAACGCGCUGUGGGUGAGACACGACAUGAGCACGAAAUUGAUACAUGAACGUCGGCAUACGAAUGCACGUGUGUCGCACCUGUCGGAUGUCGGUGUUUUCAUCUCUGAGCCUUUUCACCAUGGUGUCCUCCUCCACUCCACCAGUCGUCGCUGCCCGUUUCACAGGAGACCGUUCCUCGCCUUCUCCCUCCUUCUCAUGGGUUGGCGGCACCUGCACAGACUUGGACAGACCAGCCAGAAGCUUGUCGGUGCUGGAAGUCUUCUGCAUGACAGCACAGGGCGGGGGUGUGCAGCGGAUACACGUGUCAAUCGAUGCGCACCACUUGUCGCACCUGCAGAGAGGCAGUUCUUGAUCUGUGUGGCCUGAUGGCGAGGUCUUCCGUGCUGCCCUUGCCCUUGCCCUUGGAUCUGCCGCCCGUUGCGAUCUUUUGUCCGGGCUUCUUGGCCUCAGGUCUCUUCUUUUUCCCCUUGAGCACUUGAGCUGGCGGCGCCUCAGCCUCUGCCGCUUCGGCCUCCUCUGCCUCCUCUUCUGCCUCUUCUUCAGCUGACUUCUCGAGGGCUUUCAACUGUUUGCGCAGGUUCUCGUUCUCGAUCUGCAGGCGGCCGAUCUCGGCGUCCUUCCUGAUGACAACCAUGCAUACCAGGGCGAUAAUCGAGCAAUUGAGAGCAAGGCGUGUGACGGCUGCUUACUUGUCGACGAGGGCCCUCUGUUCGGGUGGCAUCGGUGGGGCUCUUUUGCUGAGUAUGCCUCCGAUGAAACUAAGCUCUGGGGGCCGCUCGGCCUCGGGAACAGCGGCAAGACGCUCCUCAAAGUUCUGGAUCAUCUGAAGAGCAAUGCACACCAAAUGCAAUCUGCUCUUGGACAGUCCUUACAACACUUCAAUGCUGACUUACCUGCCAUUGCUCUUCGAUAGUGCGCUCCAUCCGUUUUAUUUUGACUCCCAUGACCUUCUCCAUCUCGGCCUGGUUGGCCUCCACUUCCUGCGCCACCCUCGCCUUGACGCGGUUCUCCAGGGCACUGUGGCAUACAUACCACAGACAUCCAUCCGUGAGCCUAACCUUCAUGUAUGUCUCCUUAUGUUCCUCGCCUACGCUUCUAUCCUAUCUUCAAGUGCUUCAGGGUCCAUUGAGUACAAGGCAUCAAAGUAAUCAAGGGUGGUGAAGUGGCUUGCUGCCAGCGCAUUUUGGACCUACACAAUCCAGACACGCACGGCUUGUCUGCCGUAUUGUGUGCGUGUCUUUGCAGACAGAUGAGUUAUGCACAUGUCACCUCGGUCAGCGGGUCUGUCUCCCGCUUGACUGGCUUGCGUGCGACGGGGCUCCUGGCUUCUUCAGACAGAGCGAGAGGGUGAGGUGGAGGGGCCUGGGGCGGCGACACCUUGGCAAGCGUGAUGCCGCCACGCAGUAGUGCCUUCUCGAGCUCCUGGAUUCGCUGCUGCAGCUCAUCCGCGAACUUGAGCACCUCUUCCUUUUCCUGAGCUGCCCGGAUGAUGAUCUGCUUAAUGCGGCUGUUAAGCAUUCGGGCGGUCUCGGGGUCAAGGUACUCCGUCGGCUCAAACCAGAACACCUGCGAUAUGCAUGAAGACAGACAAUACUGAGACAUUUCGUUUGCAGGGCGAAGCAUGAUUGCGAUCGAGGUUUCUGAACCUUAAGCGGCUCGAAUGUUUCUUCGGCCUCCUUGCGGAAGAGCUGCUCCCUGACAAAGAGACGGCAGACAGACAGACAUGUGGGAACUUCACAAGAAGAAUAUAUGACUGACCUGAGUAGAGUGAUUUCGAGGUAGUAGUCCCAUCGACACUUGGACAGCUGUGCAGACCGCUCGAGCAAAUGCUCCUCGAGAGCCAUCAUCUUGUCUCGAUAGGAGGCCACUCUCCUCUCCAUAUUCGCCAUCCUCGCUCUGUUCUCCGGGACGACCGUCUGCCAAUACACCUUCAUGAGUGUCUCUGCAAAGCCGCCCAACAGAUUCUCCACCACAUCGAGCUCUUGAUGGACCCCGCCGUACGUGCUCCGAAUCACGUCAACCCUUCUUUCCUCCUUGUCCUCUUCCUCUUCAGGCGUCUCCCUCUUCCGUGACUCAUAGGCCUUGAGGUAGUAGAGGUGGGCCUUGGGAAAGCUGACGACUUGAUUGAAGUCUUCUCCCUUGGAGAUCUGCUCAUUGAUCUCAUCCACGAAGGUCUGCACGACGUCCACUAAUUCGCCUUUGAAGCUGUUGAGGGCGUCCUUGAACGCUCUGGAGAAGCGCACUUUGUUGGACAGCUCUUGGAUGACCCGGUCGUAUGUGUGGUCAUCUAACUCCUCUUCUGACUCAUCAGUGAUCUCCCUGAUAUCGUCUCCCUUCUCAAAAACAGCCGGCAU